UGUGACUGCUGCCUCCAGAUGAACUAGACCCAGCUGCCAGCACUGCUUUGGCCUGUGUGUGCAGAUGUCUCUGCUUACCUUUAGAGCUUUUGGAUUUUUUAUCCUCUUAAUGAUAGAAUUGUUCUAAUAUGCUAAAAAGUAAAUCAAUCUGAAAAAGCCAGGAACACAGAGCACCACUCUUCUUUUUAUUUCCCUUGUCUCAUCUAGGAUAGUUGUCUUCCAUAACAUUUAUUUUCCACAGCCUCUUUCAGCUUCCUGCCUCUGCUGUGUUUCCACCUUUGGUUGGGGCAGGAGUUGAACUGUGGCGUCUGGCAGAGGCCAGCUUUAACGUGGGACUUAUCCUGACAAAAAAUACUUGCAGAAGAAAAAGAAAUGUCAUUUGACUCACUGAAGAUUUAAAACCGAUAGUGUCAUGUGGGAGAAGACGAAAUUUUAGUCUCAAGCGAUGGAAUCAAGUCAUAAGAAGUAAAGAGGUUUGGAUGGUUUCUCACUAAAUGGAAGGUAUAUAGAAGGCCUCUAAGACCACUGCAUCUCUCCAUCCCACUCCUGCUGCACAGAGACUGCACUCUUGGCCUUGGACGCUAAUAAAAUGCUGGAUUCAAUCAAGUGUGUUCUGGUGGGAGAUUCUGCGGUUGGGAAAACAUCUCUCUUGGUACGUUUCACCUCUGAGACUUUUCCAGAUGACUACAGACCCACCGUAUAUGAAAACACUGGAGUGGAUGUCUUCAUGGAUGGUGUACAGAUUAGCUUGGGUCUUUGGGACACAUCUGGCAGUGAUGCCUUUAAAGGCAUUCGCCCCCUCUCCUACCAACAGGCAGAUGUGGUAUUAAUGUGCUACUCAGUAGCAAACCACAAUUCCUUUCUGAACCUGAGGAACAAAUGGAUCAGUGAGAUCCGCAGCCAUCUGCCCCGCAUCCCUGUUUUGGUGGUAGCCACUCAGACUGACCAGCGUGACGCAGGUCCCUACGGUUCCUCCUGUAUCAGCCCCAUAGAUGGAAAGCGGCUUGCCCAGGACGUGCGAGCCAAAGGCUACUUGGAGUGCUCUGCCCUCAGCAACAGGGGGGUGCAGCAGGUGUUUGAAUAUGCCGUGCGGACAGCGGUCAAUCAAGCCAAAAGGCAGAACAGGCGGAAGCUCUUCUCCAUUAAUGAGUGCAAGAUCUUCUGAGGACUGGUUUUGCUCACGUUUGUUCUUUAUGUUUUCUCACAAAGAUACUGCAGCAGAGAGAAUGGGAGGUGAAAUCCUCCUGGCAGGACCACAGUGCAGGUGCCUCUUGUGAAACAGAUGUGCUCUUUAUCUGAUCCUCUCCCCUCCAAAACACAUGGGUGCUAUCUUGAAAAAUGAAAGGUGCAUACCCUUAUUCACAAACUUGUGUUUGGACUUUGAUAGCCUGAACUGGAGCAGUCUUAGCCUGCAGAUCUGCAGAGAACAGCAGUACUGAUUUUGGUUUUGUUUCUGUCAGUCUUCUUCAGUUGUUGGUUUAUCUGCAUUUAUUUAAUGACAAACUUCUGCCUGGAUCAGCCCCCACCUCUGUCCUUGUGGAUUUUUUUUUACUUAAGAACGUAGUAAAUAAAAUCUGACCAAUGUGUAUUUUAUGUAGAGGACUCUUGUAUAUAUUGUUGUAAAAUCCCAAAAGUCUGUUUUAAUAUUUUGGAGGUUCUCCCUUUAGCUAACCACAGGAACUAAUUGUCCUAUCCAUGUAAUAAAUGGCCUGCAGGCAAGCCUAGCACCUCUUAGACAUGCCUGAGUCAUUGCAUAACAGUCAUCAGUAUGUCCAGCAUAAGAGUAACCAAAACUUAGUGACAUUUGACAGCUGUCUUGCAGUUUUGUGAGAUUUGUUACCUUAAUAUUGUUCCUCAGCAAUGUGGUCAAAGGUGGGAAACUAACCUGAUUCUUCCUAGACUUCACUGGGUUACAGACUCAGCAGGGCUUGCAGACAGGGCUGGUUUACACAUAAGGUUGGGCUGGCAGGGAUGAAUCUGUGCUACCAUUACUUCUGUUGUCCCUGCUGUAAUUCUGGAGGCAAAAGAGUUCAGGCUCCAGAUAUGGAAGAUAUUUUUUCAUGAGCACUUAAAUUCUCACAUAUUUUUAGUACACUUUUUUUUAAAGCAGUGGUUUUAGUGAAACCAGUCACCCACAUUAGUAAAAGAUUGAGCACAUAGCAAGGUUGAAUGUGUGUCUUUAGAAUGGCUAAAUGACUUUUUUUUGAGUUUGCAUGCUAAGUAUAACUUCCUAGGUUGUAUCCAAGUAAGACUGAAACAGGCUUUACAUUCUGGGGAGCCUGUCAAGUCUAGGAGCCAAAUCCUGAUGUAUGUACUGGGGCCAAGUUACCCUCUUGCACAGAAAGGCAGGCUAAGGAAAUGGAAACUUCAGGUGUGUAAGAUAAUUCUGCUUGAAGAUGAAGUGGGCUCAAGACAUAAUGCUGUACAUUCCUUGUGAAUUGUGGUGGUUCCCUCCUCCUCAUAUCUGUCCCCUCUGUCCUGCAGCCUCUCUCAGGUCUUGCUGAUCUCAUCCUAAGAGAAUUUCUUAGUGCAGUGAGAUUUUCUUUGUUCCUUUCCCUAUCUUUCAGCUAGCUAAAAAUUAACCUUUGAGGGGCUUAUAUAGCAUGGUGCCAUAAAAGAUGGCACAUAAC